AUGCUUAAAAAGUUUGAAGUGAAGUCACAUCCACAUCCAGAGAGACCUGAUCGUCUUCGAGCUAUAGCUGCUAGUCUUGACACAGCUGGUGUUUUCCCUGGAAGAUGCUUGCCUAUUAAUGCAGGCGAAAUCACGAAACAAGAACUCCAGAUGUACUUUUGCAAGCAAUUCCAUAACUGGUUUCUAUUUGUCAAUUUUGAGGUCCACACUUAA